UGAUUGCACAUUAACAUCAUAUUAACGCAAACGACUAAAGGAUAUAAAUUAUUAACAAUGUGCACAAAGUUUUGCCUUUAUGUCAUAUGUUUGAUGGGAUUUGCAAUUUUGAGAGUAAAAGGGGAGACAAUAUGGCCCCCCGAUCCAUGUAGUGGUGCACCAUGCAUGAACGGUGGACUUUGUGUUAUCGUUGGAACAGAGUAUAUAUGUGUCUGUAGCCCAGGUUGGAGUGGCCCAAGAUGUUCACGUUUCGUCGAUCCAUGUAUUCCCAAUCCAUGCAUGAAUGACGGACGAUGCCAUAACCCAGGUCAAGAGAAGGAGGUGAUAUGCAAAUGUAGACCUACAUGGAUUGGUCGACGGUGCGAAACAAAGGAUGUCUGUUCGCCAAACCCUUGUCAAAAUAAAGGAGCAUGCGAAUAUCUGGCCUCAGACAGAAGUGAAUUCAGAUGUUUAUGUGGUUGGAGAUACAGUGGCCAAACAUGUUCUCUGAACAGACUACCAGACGUGUGUCUUUCUAAGCCAUGUAAGCAUAGAGGCAGAUGUAUCGAGAGGGACUCCAAAUUCAAAUGUCUAUGUAAAAAGGGCAGAACAGGGAAAAGGUGUGAAAAAAAGAUUAAAAAAUGUGCGGAUAAUCCAUGUCAGAACAAUGGAAAGUGU